CUGUUAUUUUAUUGAAAAAAAGGAACUUAUUUAAAACAGUCUUUUGAAUGGAUUUGAAUGGAUCGUAAGGCGUUACAAGGCGUAUCACACUUAAUUAACGAUAUUUUGUGUUAUUCACAUAGAAAUGUUUUUUAUUAUUACAUUAUUUUGUUAGUACGUCAGUUAGUUAGUGCGUCACUGCGCAUGUGUCAAAAGUUGCCCGAUCUACGAACACAGGGGUGCGUUCAGAUUCCUCACUCCGAGUGUCCUCAGGUGUAGUUUUAUCCUUGUUUAACAUUCUCAGUAUAUAUAUGUAUAUAUAUAUAUAUAAAUAACAAGGAUAAAAUGAUACCUGGAAACACUCGGGUGGAAUCUGAACGCAGCCCUGCUCGUAGGACGUCGUGAACAAAAAAAAAAGAAGAGAAGAAAGAAAUGCUCUCCCCACAAUUCAUCGCGGCGUUUACUACAGGAAAGGAAAGCGAGGGUAACUGAGGGUAACUGGGUAAAUAAACAUGCGUGAAGGUAUCUGCUAGUCCAUGCUAGUCAUUCGGUCGUCGCCGACUUCAGGCGUAUACCGUUCGGCAGCAGCGACAUUCGCGUUUUAUACGCCGCGAAAGUUAUUUUGACAAUGCGUGCGUAUACGUGUACGCGUACAUAACUCACGCGCGAGUUGUUCAAGGACUUUAUUACACGAGGUUAUGGGUAAAGUGACGCAGAGGAAGUCCACUGACCGGGAGGAGACGCCAAAGCCGCGGCGGAAGCGACGGAAGGCCGAUCUCAACCGAAUACACUCGAGGAUCCUGCAGGCCAAGCGAAAGUUGGAUAAUAAUGGAAAGGACGACAAAAAAAGUGGACAGAAGAAACAGGGCCGAGCAAAGAUCUGCGACAGACUUCUGCCGGAACCUGCUGCCGGCAUAUACAGAAAUGGCAUAAAGGGUAAAAACAUCCACAGAGCACAGACGACAACAAAUACAUACCGCAAGGCUCGGUUGAAGGGAGAUGCGUUGAAGCUUUUCAGCGGCGAGACUGAUACACCCAGGUCUAUAGUAGAGAUUCCAGUACAUGAUGAAACUACUGAACAAUCCCCAAAUAAUAAUUGUAUGAAGGACAGCUUGAAAUGGACACCAUGUAUUCUAGAGCAAAGCCCUAUUUUGGGACAAAAUAAAAAUCAUAAACCACAUCUUGUUAAAAAGAAAAUUGAGGAAAAUAUCUUUAAAGAUGCAGAUUCCAAUGAUAUUAAAAAACAAAAUGUCAACAACAAAUCGAGAAAAGUUCAAAAAGAAAACAUUUGCAAACGAAAGUUAUUUCAAAAUGAUUGUGAACAAUUGGAAACUGUUACUACUACUCCAACGCAAAUAUUUGAUAAUACUGAUCUCGUAAAAGAAAAUGAAGCUAAUAAAAAAGGAACAAAGCAGAUGUGUUCAAAAAAUAGUAAAAAUUUAUCUUAUGAUCCAUUAAGCCACUAUAUGGAAUUCUGCAGAGUAAUCUCUGCUGAAAAUUUCGAAGAGGAUAUUCUACCAAAUUUUCAGUCAGAUCCUGUUGCAACAAUAACCAAAAGGUUAAAGAAUAUCUAUGCUGAUUCUUAUCGUCAACAUCUUUUACGUAAAAAGAAACAAGAAUUGGAAAAUGUGAAAUACUCUGUGGAAUAUCAAGCUUGUACAAAUUCCGACGUCUCGCAAUUGUCACCUAUCGAAUUUGAAGUUCCAAAGUGCAGUGAAAAUCAUAUCACAGCUCAUCUACAAGGUGUGUCUCAGAAAAAAAAUAAAUUAAUAAAAAAGACCGAACUUAUAAAGUGUAAUGACAUAACACGUCAUGGUUCUACAUCUUGCUCAUCGCGAAAUACUUUUGCAGCACAUAACGCAAAUGGCUCCUUAGAAAAUUACGAGAAUAGCGAUACUCCUUAUUUAAAACAAUCCAAAGAUAAACUUUCAAAAUCGAAAUAUUUUUGUUUGAACAAAAAGGAUUCCAUUCAGUUAGAUUCUCAAGAAAACACCAACUACGUUAAUCACCUUUUAAAAAGUAAACAUGAUACGGAUAAUUUUUCGAUUGAUAUUCCUAGGAAUUCACAUUACAUUGAUAAUUCAAAAAAUUUAAGAACUUCAAUGUAUUUAAGUGAUCCUGUAUUAUCAGAAAGAUAUUUGAAAGAUUAUUCCUGUGAAAAAUUGUCGACUGCUGUUUCUGACAGUAGUACACUACCCCAAAAAUGUAAUAACAGAACAAAUAAUUGGAAUAUAAAGAAACGAGUACCUUCCAUUCUACGUCGAUGUAAUAUUACGAUUAAUAACCCCAGUCAUUCUGUACAGAUAAAUAACGAUUACACGGAAGACUUAUAUGAAAAAUGUGAAACUAACUUAUUUAAUAGAAGUCCAAGCAACGGCAUUAAAAAAGAAUUAUACAAAACUGCAUUUCCAACUAAUGUAUUCACAAAUCUUCCUACAUCUAAAACAAUAAACGCGACAUUUGAUCAAACAAAAAUACUGGAGCCUCAAAUUGGAACGAUGAAAAUAAAGGAUUCGCAAGAGUCUCAAGUCGAACAAUUUGAUAUAAAUAUGCAUCCAAAGGAACAUAACGAAAGAAAUGAAUUUUGCCAAUACAAUAAUUUUUUGCACCCGCAAAUUUUCGAAGCUUCAUAUGAUACAAAUCAAAAAUUGCCUCGCCAGAAACAAAAUUCAUUAGAAACGAAGAAACAUAUUUUUCAUUCUAAUAAUUAUCGUCUGAGUAAUUAUCUUCAAAGGGUAAAUUUUUCUAAUUCCAAUAUAGAAUCGGCAAAACAGUGUCUUCGUCAAACCAAAUUACACGCGAUUGAAACUAACAAACAAGAGGCUUACGGGAAAAAUACACGUCAAAAUCAAAAUAUACUUUCCAGCAAUGAUAAUGACAGAAUGACGCCGAUACCAAUAUUUAUCGAAACAAACUUUUCCCAAGAUACUCAAACUGAAAAAAGAUCCGCAGAAUUAUGUCAGAAAAAUUUAAGUCUGUUUAGUAAAACAGACGUAAAAUGCGCCAAGAAUCAAAUUAAUCAAAAUGCGUGUCAUUGCAAUGAACAGUAUAUUUAUUUCAAUUCUGCCAAUUGUUCGCGUAAAUAUAAGGAACAAGCGCAUUUUCAUAAAGAAAUGAUUCAGCCUGAAAGUUUACGCAACACGAAAGGCUACAAUAACAGUACAGAUAGUUGUGUCAAUUUGUCUAACGCUACGCAAAAUGUACCGUUGUUAUCAUUGAACCAAAAGAAUAAUCUAUUUAUGUAUCCGAAAGCGAUCGACGAUCAGCAUCGCGCAGUGUUAUUGCAAGAUGUCACUCAACCUGUAAAAUACUUAGCUGUAGAAAACGAUUCGGAGAUCCAAAGAAUUCCCGUGUAUAUAAAUGACGACAAAAGUGUCAGGAUUGUGGAAAAUGUUCCAUUAAAAGUAAUAGCUUUAAUGGAUCCAAGUACUCAAACAAAAGCAUUUCCACAAGAAAUUGGGACAAAGGUAGUGCCGUUGCAAACGGACGGUUUGCACCUUAACAGUUUUGUGACACAUAAGAUAAGCGAUCAAUCUUUCAUGAAGCGUUUAGAUCCUAUGAAAACAGUACUUCUUAAUCCUGAUUCACAAUCUAAUAUAUGGUACGCUUCGAAUUUGUAACGGUUUACACGAUUACAUCACAGUACAUACAUAUCGUAGCAACACAGCACAUCGAUUAUGUUUCUUGCGAAAUUUUAUAAUUGCGAGAUGCGUGUGCGCGCGCUUUCUCUUCCCGUAAAUAUAAACAUUUGUUAUUAAGAUAAAAGUUAUAAGUCUUCCACGAAAGACAAAGUUAUGUCUACUUAUUCUAUAAUCUAUUUGUUUUGUGGAAAGAUAGUAACCUCGUGGAAAGUGAUAUAUUUUCAUAAUACUUGUAAUACUUGUUGAUAAUUGAUACACUUACAUAUGUAUAAUAUUAUAUACAUGUAAGUAUAAAUGUUUUUUUUCUUUUUUAUCUUUCUACAAAUGUGAAAGAUAAUACAUUUCUAGUAUCAGGUAUUUUUCCUUAACGAAUAACGAACAUUUGAUUUGGUAUGGAAAAUGAAAGUACAAAACUGCCUGUGAUAGUUGGAACAUAUAUGUAUUAUUAUGUUACCGUUAAGUCAUAAUUCUUGGACAUCAAAUGUUUAACAUAGGAGAAAUUCAUUUUCGUCAAUCUCACAGCAAUAUCGAUACAUAUAUUAUGUGAAUUUCUGAAUAAGUGUGAUAAAGGCUUGUAAAUAAAUGUCGCAGAACGCAAAGUGUA